AUCAUUAUGAUUUAUCAACUACUAAUUUUAUCAUCAUUAAUUAAUAUUCUAACUUCAUCAGCCAUCAAGGAAUAUCACAGUUAUGAAAGUGAAUUCAAUAAUAUAAAAUUCAACCAACUUAAACACAUAUAUCAUCAUUUUAUCUUAAAUCAAAAUCCAGCUAAUCCUUCAUGUUUCGGUUGUAAAUCUGGAUUAUGGUUGGCUAAAACAUUUGUCUUUGGUAGUAAACAAUUUGUACAUGAUCAUAUUGAAGUGACUUGUAAAAAUUUAAAAAAUAUUUAUCAACCUUGUAAAAGAAUAUUAACUGAAUUUCUGGAUUACGCUUAUGAUCUGAUAUAUGCUUACAGUUCAGCUGAUUUAUGUGCACUUGCUGGGAUAUGUGCCAAUCCACCGAAAAUUGACUUUUGUCCACUUUGUUUAAUGAGUGUAGCGGAAGGCAAAAAUAUAUUAUUAUCCGAUGCUCUUCUAAAUGAAUUACAAUCUGUAUUUGUACAUGUAUGUGAUUAUGUAAGAUUGGAAGUAGAAAUUGGGUAUAUCCCCAAACUUUUCAUUGUUUAAUACUUGUGUCGUACCCAGAACUUCUUACCAUUUUUCCGUUCAUCUAUUUGGUGAAUGCUGUAUAUUUGGGAACAAUUUUCACAGAAGAUAUCAUUUUGAUAAGUUGAGGUAAUCAGCGACUAUUUACCACAAACAUAUACAGUGUAAAACAGCAUGACAUGUCUUCAGUCUACAGUAGUAAGAAAAGGAGACCAAUCGAACCAUAUUAAUCCCUGCAAUUUGUAUUACUGUAAAGAUCCAAUUUCGCUUUCAAUAUAUCAAAAGAAGACGAUGA